AUGUCUGAAUCACAGUCGCACUCCCCCAAGGAGCAUGAAGACCCUGGGGUGCAAUCCGGCGACGACCAAGAGCAAAUGGACAAAGACCAGCAAGACGCCCAGGCACAGGGCCAGGGCGAGUUCGAGGUUAAGGAGCAAGAUCGGUGGCUUCCGAUUGCGAAUGUUGCUCGUAUCAUGAAGCUCGCCCUGCCUGAAAAUGCCAAAAUCGCCAAAGAAGCCAAGGAAUGUAUGCAAGAGUGCGUGAGCGAGUUCAUCUCGUUUAUCACUAGUGAGGCAUCCGAGAAAUGCCAGCAGGAAAAGCGCAAGACCGUCAACGGCGAGGAUAUCCUGUUCGCCAUGACAUCGCUCGGAUUUGAGAACUACGCCGAAGCCCUGAAGAUCUACCUCUCCAAGUACCGCGAAACUCAAUCCGCCCGAGGCGAGAACCAGGGCCGCCCUAGUAGCAGUGGCUAUGGGGCCGGUGGCCCCGUAGGCGGGGCCGGCCAGGCUCGUCCUGCUGGGUUUCCGGAGGGUGCCGAGGGUGCAAACAGUAUCCUGAACCCAAGCUUGGACCCGGCCGACCAAGAUGCCUCUGCGUACGGAUACCCUCCCAUGGUCGGGCAGCCGCACAACGGUGCUGGCGGAGAGACGUACUAG